GGAGAUGUCAGAGGAACAAUUCAGCUCUUACUGGAGCCUCCAUCUUCACCAAGGCUGCAAAGGAGCUCAAGCCCUGAGGGUGACAUAAAGGGUGACAUUAAGAUGUCAAUUAAGUCACUACAUGAGACACAGGAGCAAACCCAGGCAGAGAAAGAAGAAGUGAUAAAGGGUGAUGUUAAAGGCACAAUCAAAUCUCUGAUGGAAACAGCAAAGCGUGAAACUCCCAAAGUCAGGGUUGGAGCAUACAGAAGAGUUAGAAUCAGGCAGAGCCCUCCAGCUAAAAACUUUAAUACUGAUGCACAGAGGAACAUCCAAAAGAUAAAAACAGCUAAUUUAGUUCAAUCAUCAAAAGAAAACCACUCAGUCUCCAACAAAACUGAAACUGUUAGAACAAAGGCACAUACUGUGGAGCUAUCUGCUCAGCGAUCAACAGUGCUGGCAGAGCAUAAAACUAUUACCCAAAACCACGGCAUCAGAACACUGAAGACAGAGUUUCGUAAUCUAAAGUCUAACACAAAGGGAAUGAUAAAACUAGAUAAAACCAAAGUGAAAACUGAUGUUUAUAUCUUAAAACCAGGAGCACCGGAACCUAAUCUGCAUCUCUCACCUCCUCCACCAGUGCUAGAAGCUGACCUUCCUCCUCCUCCUCCCACUCCUCCUCCUCCCUCUGUUGAUUCUGACAUUGAUCACCUUCCUCCUCCACCACCACCACUCUCAAGUGAGCAGGACUUCCUUCCACCUCCACCAUCUCAACAAGAACUGGAGGGCAUGCCAGCCCAGGCAAUUCAUUCUUCACCAGCAAAAGCAAAAAAGAUGACAGUCAAAAAAGUGAAAGCUCUGACUUUGCACCCAGUCCCGAAGCUGGAGCUUAAAGUGGACUUAAGUGAACCACAGCAGGUGAAGGCUACGUCAGAGAAAGUGAUAGAAAUGAGCCAAAACCAAUCAAAAACUGUACACGUAAAACCUGUUUCAGGUGAAAUCCCUUUGAUGCCUGAGUCACCACGUCCAUUGAAGAAAGUUUAUAUCUCUCCUGUGAGAUUCACCCCUCCACCCUCUCCUCCUCCCUUCAUGAGAGGGAAAAUGAGUAAAUUUAACACUCCACUGAUAAAAGCAGAAGAAAAGUACCGGAAGAUGAAGGAGGAAAACACCCCCGUGACCACUCCACCUCCCAGUGACAUACAUGACUCAGUUACUGCUGCUCUUGAAAUGCUUUCCACUAAAGACGUAGAGCAGUCAAGCAACAAUGCAUCAGCAAUCACACAGCACAGAGCUGAAAACACAAUUAUGAACUCAGAGUUUCUGCCACGUGAUUUAUCCAAGCAUGCUGUCAUUUCAGAUGCCACCCAAAGUAAUGUUUGCACCAGCCAUGAAAAAAUUCUCACAGAUUCUCUGGUGACAUCAAGUGCUAAACAGCAGACUGCCUCUAAUGAGACUUCUAAGGUUGUCUCCGUUCAGAAGACUUCAUCUGUCUCAGCUGUUAGACAACAGAUGAAUACAACAACACAAAAAACAGUUUCAGUUUCUUCCAAACAGUCUGCUCAAACUGGCAUGACUCACAAAGUCCAGACCUCAAUCACAGGUGUCGCAAAAACUGAGAACAUGACUGCUGAGAAAAAGAAAAACUUUCAAAAUCAAAAACCAAAGGGCUCGAACAAAUCUGAACAUAAAAGGGAAGCCAAAAUGUUUCCUGAUAAAAUCCCUGUUCAAACAGUAAAACCUGAAAUUGCUGUCACUACUGAGAAAGAUAUAAAAUCAAGCAAGUCACAUUUUGAGAACGAGACAAAAGAUAAUACUGCAACAGAAUUACCUGAUAAUCUCUUCAAUCAGUCCUCCAAAGAACAAAAUGUCACCUCAGACAAAGAUGUAAAGGAGUCUAAAUCACUACAGCCUGAUAACAAAAACAACACUGAUCGUUCUCCCACCAAGAACCAAGAAGAAGCUUCUGAUCAGCCAGUUCUAACAGAAAAGGCAGCUGCCCAUACAAAUGGAAAAACAGGAGAGCAAAACAAAAAGGUGAAAAAGAACAAUAAACAAGAAGAGCAAGCAGGGAUAAAAAUGUCCAAUGAGAGUUUUGAACAGAGUGUUCCACAAGAUUUGAAGGUGGAAGUGAACCUAAUCAGUGAACCUAAAGAAGUAAAGACAGAGUUAAAGCAGACUAUUAAGAAAGUUUCUCCCCCUGUUGCUGCUGCUCCAACACCUGCUGCUACUGUGAGCGUAACUGGCAGCCAACCAGAAGCUCUAACUUUUGCAAAGAAGAAAAAGAAGUCCAAGAAGUCUAAAGGGGUUGCGCUGCCAGGUCAAGGUAAAGAAACUUCUAUCGAAUCAAAGACAGAAGCUAUAGAAACCACGACAAGCACAUCUGAAAAAUCCCACCAAACUCAGGAAACAAUUGCGGCUGCUCCAAUUCAGAAAAGUGUCAAAGAAGAGCACAUUCAAGUUAAUAAAGAAGUCGUUCCUACAGAAAACACGGAUGAUCAGACUAGCCAGCAACAAAAAACAGUUCAACAGCAUGUUAAGGCAUCUCAAAAGAAGAAGGGAGUGACAGUGUUUCAGCUGAGUGCAGAGAAAGCACCAGAACAAAGUAGGGUUGUACCAAUUACAGCGACAGGUGAGUCAGAACAGAGUGAGCUGGUCAAGUCCACAACCGAAAUAGUAAAGGAAUCUCAGAUGCGAGAGGCCCAAGUGUUAAUCCCUCACAUCACAGAGAUACAAGGAAUCUCAGAAAAGACUGAUUCUAAAUCAGUGAAGACUCUGCUCAGAACAGUCCCAGACUGGCUCAUGGGUCAAGAGAGAAAAUGUGAACUGGAGGGAUCUGCAGUGAAAAGUGAUGCAUGUAAAAAUAAAGAAAUGUUCUCACAUAUGAGAAAACUAGCAGAGGAUAAACUAAUGCAUUUAGAGACUACUGAGACAAUGGAGAAGCAUGAAUGUGAGCCAGUAUCUGAGAAAGGCAUUUCUGGCCGGGCAUCACCAAGAAUAUCCAAGAUCAGUAUUGGUUCUGCCAAAAUUGAGAACCAAAGACAGAAAAGCACCCCUCAAGUAAGAAAGAAGGAAGAAAUGAGUCAGUGCACGUCUGUCGACCUUCGGGCUCCCUCGCCAUCACUGAGGACGCGUUCUCCCUCGCCGACGUUUAUCACCAUCCAAUCCACACGAAAAACUGACUCACCCCAAAGAGUAACUCCAUCACCUACCCUGCUGCACAGGCCACCCACACCUCCCACACCGCCACCUCGCAGGUGUGACACCCCAAUACCACUUCUCACUAGAAUCACACCCUCUCCAACUUUUGACAAAGCAGAAAAUUUGGCUCGACUCAAAGACACAACAGCCAAGCUCUCACGUAGCGUCACCCCACCUCCACUUCUUUCUCUCCAACAGAUCUCAGAGAUAAAAUCAGAGAUCGUAGAAUUCCCUGCAUCAUUCCAUCGGCAAAUCAAAACCGAGUCACAAGUUAUGGAGGGUUCAGGAAUGUUGCUUGUGACAGAAAAGAUUUUAUCUGAGGAAGCUCAGCAGAUUGAUUUUAAAUCUGAACAUGUAGGCGAAGAUCUAGCUAACAUUUCAGAGGGGUCAAAUGCAAAUAAAAUACAAAGUAAGUGCAAGACCCACCCACCAUUGUGUGAAAAUGAUCCAGAGCUUGUUGAAGCUUCAGAUAUUUCAGAGCCAUCAUCUGGAUCUGUCAAAGAAAAGAGAGAGUUUUUUGAAGAGGCUCAAAAGGCCGAAAUUAAUAAGACCUAUGUGCGAAAGGCGCCCAUUGUUAUACCCGAACGACUGGGCCCAGACUUGGAGGAGUGUGAGGAAGAAAAGAAGAAAAAAGCACUGGAUGAGUUUCCUAGGGCAGAUAUGUCUAGUCUUGUAAACAAAUUUGAAUCAGCAGAAGAAAAAAUAUUUAUCAGAAAAGAGCUUAUCCCAGUCAAAGAGCAGCUUCACAAAGAUACUGAAAGCACAGAGUACGACACCCUGGAAGAGGAAAUGCCAACUUUUGACAUCCAGGCUAUUAGAAAUGUUUUUGAACUAGGUGAGCAAAGUUCCUCAUUCAGAGAUGAGAAACGGGAUCAGAAGCAGACUGUGCCAAGCCUGAGUGAAACAACAGCAGACACUUCAAAGUGGGAAAGUCCUCAUGAGACAAAGGAAAGCUCAUGGCAGAGCACCCCCCUCCCUCGACAGAAACAGGAGGUCACCGGAACAAGGACAGCUGUCACUGAAUGCUCUGAGAGUGUGUCUACCCAACAGCCCCGUCUCUCCUAUGCUGACGCAUUGAAAAGAAAACCUGCAGUAGUGCGGCGAACAGAAACCUACGAUGAAGAUGCUACUGAGAAGCUGCUGAGGAACUUCCACACAACGUGGACAGAAAGUGAGAGAGUUUUCAAAAGUCUUGGCUACACUGUUUCUGAAGAAACCACAUCACAAGUUUUGUCACAUCAAAUGAAGACUGUCUCAUCUGGUUCGAGUUCCGAAGUCGGAGCUAUGCACAGUAUGUCGGAGGAGAGCUUAUCCAAUGGAUGCUCUCACGGUGGACAAAAAAAAGUACCAUAAAUCCUGUUUCUGCUGUGAGCACUGCGGAAAUAAAUUAAGCCUAGGAAAUUAUGUUUCUCUCCAUGGACACUUCUACUGUUUACACCAUUACAAACAACUCCUCAAGUCCAAAGGGAACUAUGAUAACGGACUUGGGCAGAAACCUCCCACAGGAAGUGACGUGUCUUCCCCCUCAAAUGAGAAACUUGAAAGGAGUUACUCCGCGAACAGCAUCGGUUCAGAGGACAAAACACACAGUGGGCAAAACAAAAGGACAAAAGCACAUUGCAACAAAAUAUCUGUAGUUUGGCCUCCACAGGCCGAUCCCCCGAAGAAGACAUUUAGAAUAGAGGAAGACAUCCAGCUAACUAAACCACAGUGGCCCCCUCCAGACAACUCCCAAGUCUCCAAUAACCAACCCCCAACCCCCAAGUCUCCCAAACACCACCACCAAAAGGCUCCUCCCAGAAGUGUUCUUUGAAAUAAAGUCACAGUCACAGUUUAGUCAAAUAAAUCCAAAGGAUUAUUCAUUCAUCUUCUAUACUGCUCAGUCCCAAACAGGGUCGCGGGUCCAAAAGUUUAAUGGUAAAAUAAAAAUACCAGCAAUAAAGGAAGUGUUUGGUUGAACGUCAUACAGAUAAGUGAUUUAAAGAGAACAUGACAUGUAGGGAUAUAGAAGGAAACUAUGUUCUUGUAAAUGAUGUGGAAAAGCGGGUUGUAAUGGUAAGUAUUAGAGCGAUAAAUGUGGAUGAAGUGUGGCGUAUGGUCACAGAUAUGAAGGAGUGUGCCUUUAACUAACAGGUUUACCCCAUGUGUACAUUUUCACUCACUGUAUCUUAUUUAUUCAUAUAUUACCAUUUAGUAUUUGACACAGUUUGACAGAAAAUGAUUAGUUUUAGCUGCUAGAACAAGUGCCAGUUGCCUUGUAAAACAAAAUUUAGCAGAUUAAAUGGACGUGUCAUGUCAAAUUCAAGGUGGGGGGCCAUGCUGGAGCCUAUCCUAGCUGACAAUGGGCAAGAGGCAGGGUACAUCCCAGAUGGAUCGCUAGUGUAUCACAGGGCUUCAUGUUCAACUGAAAUAAAAAAUAGUCACUACAAAUACAUUUUAAUGAUGACUUUAAUCUACAGUUCUGGGUGGAAUAAAGUGACAGGUAUAACCACUACAUGUCUAAAUCUUACAGUCCCACUCUUGAAAUAAUUCAUGAAUGUGUUUUUAGAUACGUUUUGACUCACUUUCCCAUCCACACCUUCUGUUUUAUUCUAGCAUUAAAUGGUUAUUGUACAAUUCGGUCUUUUUUUUUUUUCGCUGCUGCAUGCUGGUUCAUGGAAAUAGUUUCAAUUUGUGGACUCUGCUGUUGUAUCAUUUUGUCUGGGCUUUUAUUCUUCAACACGACAUUUUUGCAUUUGCCUUUUUUAGCACCUGGUGUGCAGAAUACUAAAAGCAUUUUGGAAUUAUUUUAUUUAUAAUAUUGAAAGUAUAUAAUAUAAACAAGGGGAUAGGUGACCAUCAUGUUUGUUUUGGACAUUUGUAUCCUAUUUUGAACAAAGAUUUUGCAAUGAAGAAUUUUAUUUUUUAGGUUAGACAGUUAUACCUUGCUUUGUACAAGAAAAUUCCUGAUUCAUGCUGUCAGGCUGGUUCACUUUAUUGCUGAUCUAAAAGCAAUAAAAGUUGAAAUUCAUUGU